GUCACCUAACCUACUGAGCCACCCAGGUGCCCCCCUUAGUCCUAUCUUUCAAUAAAGUCCAGACUGGUGACCCAGUAAUUUCUCUUUUAGAAUGGUAUUUUCUGGACUAAAUAAAAAUAUAUUACCAUAUUAAAGAUUAGAGGCUUACUAAAUGUUUUCAUACUGAAAUUUCAUUCUAAUUAGCAAAAAGCUAGUAUGUAGCCUUGCAAGCACCCAGGAAAUUAAAAUUUGAGAUGGUAUAUGAAAUGACGUCUAUUUAAAGAUUGAAAAUAUUACCUUUAAUGUAUCUUUAAUGUAAUUUCUAUCUUACCCCCCUUUAUUUUAUUCAUAGGUACCACGUUGAAUGAACAAAUAUUGAACUUUUCCAGUUCCCCUUAUAAAAGGAGUAUGGGGAGUAGGGAUAUAGUUUGAAUUGCAAAGCAUUUCACAUUAUGAGAUUGCAGUUGGCUUCAGAUGACUGGGAGAAGAGUAUUAGACAAAAAUCGAUUUGGGGAUCUCUGCAUCGUGUUUUUUAGUUUCCUUGUUGUUGCACAGUCUCGCCAUGUGGGGAAGGUUCAUGCUAGAAAACAAGCCAUUAAUGGGUGACUAUGACCAGAUUUCUUCACCAAGUCCUCAGCCUGAGAAGGAGAAUCCCUUGUUGUCAACCUAAUGAAGCAUUCAAAGAAGACAUAUGAUUCUUUUCAAGAUGAACUUGAAGAUUAUAUCAAAGUGCAGAAAGCCAGAGGCUUAGAGCCAAAGACUUGUUUCAGAAAGAUGAGAGACAACUGUUUGGAAACCUAUGGGUACAGAGAAGAGGCUGAUUACCGACCAAGGUAUAGAAUAUUUGAUCAAAGACUCUUUUCUGAAACCGGGCAGACCUACCCGAGAUCAUGCCCUAGUUCACAAAAAGUGGAAAACCGCUUACCUCAGUGGCUACCAGCUCAUGACAGCAGGCUAAGACUAGACUCCCUGAGCUACUGUCAAUUCACAAGGGACUAUUUCUCAAAGAAACCAGGACCCCUGAACCUUAGUCAGCGAGAGUAUAACUAUAGCUCAUACAGUGUAGAAUCUGGAGUUCACAAUGGCCUCUCCUCAGCAAACAGUGCCAGUGACCAUCCAGCCCAUCAUAAACGGCUACAUCAGAAGGGGAAAAGGCACCUGGAAGAAGGCAGAGAAAAACCAGAGGAGGAGCGGCCCAAGCAUAAGAGAAAAAAAGGUUGCGAGGAAAUAGAUUUAGACAAACAGAAGAACUUCCAAACCAGCAAAACACAGAUGGAAGCAGACAGGAUCAGUACAGGAAAGCUUAAGAAUCGAAAGGAGAAAAAAAGCCGAGAUGGAGCCUCUAAGAAAGAGGAACGGAAGCGUAGAAAAGAGAAAAAGGAACAAGGUAAAGAGAGGACAGAGGAGGAGAUGCUUUGGGACCAGUCUAUCCUCGGAUUUUGAAGCUCUUGGGUUGGUUCUCCUGAGGUUAAAUUGAAAAAAUAGCUGAGGGGUCUGGUUUUCUGAUGUUCAUGUUCUUACCAGUUUUUUCAUGUGAACAGGUACUUUAACUUCUAACAACAGGCAGUGAACAGGAAGUAUUUAAUAUGCUUACUCUCCAUCAUGGAAAUUACUUUUCCUCAUUUUCUAAAUGCAUCCUUACAUUUUUCAUGUAUAAGGUAUAAUUUCCCUUAAUGAGAGUGGCUCUGCUUUUACUCAUCAAAUUGCUAUGAUAGUAGAAGUAUUUUUCCCUUGGGAGGUCAUUUAUUUUAAAUUGGAGUGUAUUAAUAGGCUUUGGAAAAUCUGUUUCUUGAUUGGGUUUGUUUUAGUUUUGGAUGAGGUGUAUUUAUAUUCAUUAGUUUUCUCUAUGAUACAAUUUAGACUGAUUUGUUUUUCCUUUUUGAUUUAACUUGCAGUGUAUUUUUAGAUUGGAAAGUGGAGAAUGGAAUUCAUUAUAAUAAUAAUAAGCUAAAGUUACGUAUAGUUUUUAAAGUUUCAAAGAGUCUAUGCAAAAUCAGUUUAUAUUCUGGAAAUAUUUAUAAUAAAGUGUUCUAAU